AUGGAUUCCGUCAAAGACAAAGUCUACGUCAUAACAGGCCUCGGCGGAAUCGGCCUUGCCGUCGCAAAGCAACUCUACUCCCUAGGCGCAUACCUCUCACUAGCAGACAUUUCCGCAAAAACACUCGAGACAGCCGUGGGCGCCAUUUCCCCCAAUUCAACCUCCACAAGAAUCAUGACCACAGUCCUCGACAUUAGCUCGUCACCCGCCGUUAAAGCCUGGAUCGCCAGCACAGUCGAGCGCUUCGGACGUCUCGACGGCGCGGCCAAUAUGGCCGGGGCCAUUGGGAAGAACCACGGCGUGGGGCGAUUCAUCGACAUAGAAGAUGACGAGUGGGACAUGCUGGUGCGGGUGAAUUUGUCGGGGAUGAUGUAUUGUCUGCGGGCGGAGCUGCGGGCGAUCAUGGAAUCUGCGGACGGGAAGGGAAGUAUUGUUAAUGCGUCGAGUAUUCAGGGUGUGAGGGGGUUUCCGUUGCAUGCGGCUUAUUCGACGACGAAGCAUGGGGUUGUUGGGAUGACAAGGUCUGUGGCGAAGGAGGUUGGGCCUGGGAUUCGGGUUAAUGCUGUUGCGCCUGGGUCAAUUCAGACCCCUCUUUUGGAUCAGGCUGCUGUUAUUCAGGGAGGCUCGCAUGUGCCGCCUUGUGUCAUUCCUCGUGUUGGGACUCCCGAAGAGGUGGCGCAGACGGUCGUGUUUUUGCUGAGUGAUGCUGCGUCGUAUACUACUGGGCAAGUGUAUAAUGUGGAUGGUGGCUGGGACCCAUAA